GUUUAUGUCAGACGAAAUUUGUUUUAUUUGUCUCCACUAGCUUUGCGAUUCAAUUUAAAUUUUAAACACAAAAGUAAUUAAAUUAAAAUGGAAACAGUGAGUUUAGGUAACGAAGAUGAUGUUAAACUUGAUUUUGAUCAUCCAAAAACGAUAUGCAGGUGUUGUUUAACCACUGAUAAACGAAUGAACAACGUCGUGUCUUUCAAGCAGCUAUUUAAGGAUUUAGCUGGAUUAAACGUAACGGAAUCAGAUGGGUUACCUCAAUGGCUCUGCUACGAAUGCAGCGCAUUGUUGCAGAAAUCUGUCAGGUUCAAACAGAAGGUCGAGAAGGCACACACCAUGCUGUGCGAGUACCUUGCUCGAUGUGCUCCGUUCCCAAUAGAACCGCAGGAUGAGGAGUUGACAAAGUAUGCAAGCCCACACCUUGGCACCACAAGUGUGCUUGCGAUAGAUAUUGUGGGCAAAGGGAAGGCUGGACAGUUCGAGGUUUAUGAGCAUGAAAAACGACAACAGCUUUCUGCCUUAGAUGAUAUUAUAAUAAGUAAAAUUGAAGACGAGAAUGUUAAAGAAGAAACUCAGUUUUCAGAUUAUGAAGAUAAUAUGACGUUGGAAGAAUUUAGAUCUGUAGCGAAUAAGAUAACGGAAGAUGAUUUAGCGUGUUUAUUACAAGACACCGACCAGAUAGAAAUGAAAGAAGAAGUCGUUUCUACCAAGAAGAGAAAGCCCAAAGCCAAAGAAGUUAAGAAGAAGAAAAAAGAUAAUAAUACCGAUUCAAGUAAAGAAGAUGGCGAAUACGAAUCCAAGUCUUCAAUCAGAAAACCUAUAGAAUUAGACCCCACCAAGAUAAGGAUAGUCACUCUCAAUCCAGAGGAACAGAUUAAACAGAGAGAGGAGGAAAGUAAAAAUGGACGGAAGUAUCCGUUUUUAUGCAAUCUGUGCUAUAAGGGCUUCAAUUUUGAGUCGAAAUUGCAAAAUCAUAUGAGCAAACACAGUCCAUCCCGCGGACCUUACGAGUGCAAGAUAUGUCACAUGUAUCUGCCUACGUCGUAUAGUUUUAGCGUACAUUCACUCAUACACACAAGAAGGUAUGAAUGUUUGGUCUGUGGACGGCGGAUGAUCGACAGACCAUCGAUUAUAGAGCACUAUAGAACACAACACGAGGGUUUGCUAACUCGCUUCACUUGCCAAAUAUGUGGGAAAGUAUCCAAUAACAACAAAACUCACAGAGGUCAUAUGCGGAACCACCACGGCGGGGAUCGACCCAAGUGUGAUCAAUGCGGGAAAACAUUUAUUAAUAAGGACUCCUUAGUCGAACAUCAACAAAUACACCUAGGUAUAAAGAAUUAUGAAUGCUCUAUAUGCAAUAAGCGGUUUCGAACUAGGACACAAAUUAAUCACCACCAAAUGACUCACACGGAUGUCAAGGAGUUCUAUUGCGUCGAAUGUGAUGUCAGAUUCAAAUCGGCUCACAAUUUGCGAACGCAUCUAACGAGAAGUUUGAAACACAGAGACAAGCAGAGCUUUAAGCACGCUUGUAGCCGCUGUCCGGCCCGGUACGCGUGUGCCCAGUCUCUGGCGGCGCAUGUCCGCGUCCAGCACGAGGGGCACCGCCCCCACGUCUGCGGGGACUGCGGGGCUGCGCUCGCGACGCGAUCCUCGCUGGCUAAACAUAUGCACUCUGUCCAUAUGGGACUCCGGCCCCCGCCUCGACACGUCUGCGACACCUGCGGGAAAGCUUUUAGGGGUAAAAGCGUUCUAGUGAACCACGCUCGCACGCACACAGGUGAAAAACCGUUCGAGUGUGCACACUGCGGGCGUCGGUUCACGCAGCGUACGGCCAUGCGGACCCACGUCAAGCUCGUUCAUCUUAAGCUGCGCCGGACUGCUAAGGUUAAACCAGUCGCGAUAAUAGAUGUCCAGUCAUCAAGAGUGAAUGUAUUUAAGCCGGACCCCCCGAUAGCAGCAGAUACCUGGCGACAACCCUGCGAUGUCUACUUCCAAGUCACCGCGGGGCCCUGAAAUCUGUGGGACCCAAACACCGGGCCCUUAAUAGCAAUGGAGCCUUAAAAGCUUUGGGUACCGAAAAUUCGCGGGCCCCGAACUGUUGUAACAUUAAGAACUAAAUAUAUAGGAUGAUUGGUGAUUAGUGAUAGAUAUUUACACACGAGAAAGAUCGUGGUGGCCCGGAAGUUAAGGCGCCCGCUUCUCAUGCAUGAGGAUUCGAAACCUGGCAAGUACCAAUG